CGCCAAAUUAUCUGAAACACCCCACUGAUACUACGCCUAUAUAUGUAUAGGCUAGAACAAAAUGUUCAUCACCACCUCAUCACUUCAUCAAACAAAUAUAUUCAGCUACUUGUGAUUUGCUAAGGAAAGAUGUUGCUCCCCACAUUUCUUGCUCUAGUGCUCGGAUUCCUCAUCUACCUCUACAUUUCUCUUGUGAUGAAGCCCCACAAAAUUCAAAAGAUGUUGAGGAAUCAAGGAAUCCACGGCCCCCCACCAAAAAUCCUGCUCGGCAACAUCCUCGAGAUCAAGAAAUCCCGCGAUGCCGCCGCCACUGCAGCCACCGCUGACAACUGUAGCUCGCCCGCCACCCACGACACCGCCUCCGUUUUCCCAUUUUUAGAGCAAUGGAGAAAGCAAUACGGUCAAAUGUUCACAUUUUCUCUGGGCAAUCUGCAAGUACUAUACGUGAGCGAUCCAAACGUAGUGAAGGAGAUCACAACAACGACGUCGCAGGACUUAGGGAGGCCUGCUUACCAGCAGAAAACAUUUGGCCCUCUUCUUGGGCAGGGCAUCUUGACAUCCAACGGUGCCAUUUGGGCACGACAGAGGAAGAUCAUGGCACCCGAGCUGUUCAUGGACAAAGUCAGGGGAAUGAUGAGCAUAAUCACUGAAUCAGCUCACACAGUGGUGAAUACAUGGAAGCAAGAAAUCGAAGCCAACAAAGGUGGAGUUCUUGACAUCGCUGUUGACGGUUAUAUGAAGAGAUUCUCGGGAGAUAUUAUUUCUAGAGCUUGUUUUGGGAGUAAUUAUUCUAAAGGCCAAGACAUCUUCGUCAUGCUUGGGGCACUCCAAGAGCUUGUGUCCAAGAAAACAAUGGCUGUCGGCCUUCCCGGCUUAAGGCAUCUUCCGACAAAGAGCAACCGGAAGAUUUGGGGUUUAGAGAAGGAAAUCCGGACGUCGAUCUUGAAGCUAGUAAAGGAAAGGGAGAAGGCUGGCUACGAGAAGGAUUUAUUGCAAACUCUUGUUGAAGGGGCAAAGGGCACUUAUUCAACAUCAGCUGCGAUGGAUCAGUUCAUCGUUGACAACUGCAGGAACAUAUACUUAGCCGGCUUCGAGACAUCCGCCAUUUCAGCUUCGUGGUGUCUAAUGCUGUUGGCUUCCAAUCCGGAGUGGCAAACGCGCAUUAGGGAUGAAGUGGAGCAAGUGUGUCAAGGCCGAGUCCCCGAUGUAGACAUGCUUCGUAAGAUGAAGCAGCUACACACAGUGAUUCAAGAGACGAUGCGGUUGUAUCCUCCGUCUCCGACGCUGGCUAGGGAGGUGUCGAAAGCCAUGAAGAUCGGCAACGUGGAGGUGCCCAAGGGCGUGAACGUGUGGACCAUGGUGGCCACGUUGCAUACGGACCCCGACAUAUGGGGUCCGGAUGCGCUCCAAUUCAAGCCCGAGAGGUUCCAGAAUGGAAUCUCCGGGGCGUGCAAGAACCCGAACUGCUACAUGCCGUUUGGGUUCGGGCAGCGCGUGUGCGUGGGGCAGCAUCUGGCCAUGGUGGAGCUCAAGUUCCUCAUGGCUCUCAUCGUCUCCAACUUCUCCUUCACUUUGUCUCCCAAAUAUGUGCACAAGCCGGAGAUGACCAUGAUGAUAGAGCCUAAGCAUGGAGUUAACAUUUUGAUCAACACUAUCUAAUUCAUGAUUGUUUUUUGGCGUUGAUUAUUCUUUCAAAUAAGUUUGUAUGAAAAUUAAUGAAUGAUUGUUUUUUCUUGUUUUA